AUGUCAGUUUUACAGACGAGAGGAUACCAUUGGACAGGACGAAGCCAGUUCCGUUCAGCCGCUCCGUCGGGGAAGAGACCUCCACCGGACACCUUUAAGCGGCGAUCUCAGCCCGCAGUGGCGGUGAAGUUUAGAAGCGCCACAAAAUCAAAUCUCUUGGAUCUCCCAUCCGACGCUCGUUAUCCAAGGAUAAAAAUGAGUAGAGGAGAAAACAGUUUUAAACCGAGAAAGAGUGAGCCACUGCUGUUUUUCAACAAGGGCAUGCAGUCUGAGGUGCAGGCAAUGAUGCUUCUCGAAAACGCACCGAAAAGGUCGGGAGUAAUACGUAAGCAAUCUAGAGUCAAAAAACAGCGAAAAUUCUCCAGGACGAUGUAA